AUGGGAAGCCAAAAGCGUAUUGCCAGGGAGCUCAAUGAGCUAAUGGAAUCGCCUCCAGCUGGUAUAUCUGUCAACCUUGCGAAUGACUCGGACCUCUACAACUGGAAAGUGUCCAUGCAGGGCCCCGAAGCCUCCCCGUACAAAGGCGGCAAAUUCACCAUAAACCUCUCUCUCCCGACCGAUUAUCCCUUCAAACCCCCGACCGUCUCCUUUGGUACCAAAAUCUACCAUCCAAACGUCACCAACGACGACAAAGGGAGCAUGUGUCUCGGGAUGCUCAAAUCUGACGAGUGGAAACCCUCUUCGCGGAUCUCUGCCGUCCUGGAAUUUGCGAGACAGUUGCUUGUUGAGCCGAUGCCAGAUGAUGCUGUUGAAGCCCGAAUUGCGGAACAGUAUCGCGAUGAUCGUAAGAGGUAUAACGAGAUUGCUCGGGACUGGACGAGGAAGUAUGCCAUGGGUGGGGCCGAUUGA